UCUCCGUGGCGGGGACUGAGCAUGGAAGAGCCGCCGGAGGGGCACGGCCACCGAGACGCGGCGCCCGGCCCGGCGAGCAGCGGCAGCGGCAGCGAUGGCGAGAGCGUGCCCGUGUCCCCCAGCCCCGCGCCCGCCUCCCCCGCCGCGCCCUGCCCCCUGCCCCUGCCCCGCCGCCGCCACCCGCCGCCGCCACCGCCGCCCCCGCCGCCGCCGCCCCACCGCACCACCAACUUUUUCAUCGACAACAUCCUGAGGCCGGACUUCGGCUGCAAGAAGGAGCCGCCCGCGCCGGCCGGCGGCGGAGGAGGAGGCAGCCGGGAGCGGGACGGAGAUCGGGGGCAGAGCUCAGGUAGAGAAAACGUCAACCCGCUGCUGGCCCGGCCGCCCAACCCGCCCGCCCUCCUGUGCCCGGACUCGAACUGCCGUCCCGACGGCUCCGCACCGCCGCCGCCGCCCGCCGCCGCCGCCAAAGCCGGUCCCGCCGCGGCAGCAGCGGCGGCGGCGGCGUCGGGGGCGGCCAAGGCCCCCGCCGACGGGGGCGAGACUCACCCGGCGAAGUACGGGGAGCACGGCAGCCCCGCCAUCCUCCUCAUGGGCUCUAAUAAUGGAGGACCUGUUAUAAAGCCCGACUCGCAACAGCCGCUGGUGUGGCCUGCCUGGGUCUACUGCACUAGGUAUUCAGACAGACCGUCCUCGGGCCCCCGCACCAGGAAGCUGAAGAAGAAGAAGACGGAGAAGGAGGACAAGCGGCCGCGGACGGCGUUCACGGCCGAGCAGCUGCAGCGGCUGAAGGCGGAGUUCCAGGCGAACCGGUACAUCACGGAGCAGCGGCGGCAGAGCCUGGCCCAGGAGCUCAGCCUCAACGAGUCCCAGAUCAAGAUCUGGUUCCAGAACAAACGGGCCAAAAUCAAGAAGGCGACGGGCAUUAAGAACGGGCUGGCGCUGCACCUCAUGGCCCAGGGACUCUACAACCACUCCACCACCACGGUGCAGGACAAAGAGGAGAGCGAGUGAGGCGGGCGGCCCCAGCCCAGCCCUGCGCCGCGGCGCCGGCCCGCCGGCCGGGAGGCGGACAG